AUGACGGCCGCCGCGACCCCACAGCAGCUGGAUGACUUUGCUGAUCGUCUAGAUGUCCAAACGACCGUCCAGACAACUGCGGACGGGCGACCUGAGCUUGACACAGACCUGGCAGAGGAGCUGUCGGCGUCAUUUGGCGACGUUGAGGCGGCGAUCGGCGACGAAGGGUUAUCCUUGGGGACAGGCACCUGCUACGUCACCACCAGGCGCAUCGUCUGGCUGCCGUCCGGCGCCGCCCCUGGCGCGCGCGGCCUGUCCCUGCGCUUCCCCCAAAUCGUGAUGCACGCGGUAUCGACAGACGCCAGCAGCUUCCCGCGGCCCUGUGUUUACUUGCAACUGGACGAGGGGGACGAUGACGAGGACGCCCCCAUGACGGGCUUGGCGGGCGCCCUCGGCGGCGGCGGCAGCGGGGGCGGCGGGGGCCAGGGCGGCAGCGGCAGCGGCGAGGAGGGGGGCGAGGAGGGGGAGGAGGGAGAGGAAAUCACUGCCGAGCUGCGGCUGCAGUAUCAGCAGGAGCAGCAGCAUGAGCAGCAGCAGCAGCAGCAGGAGCAGCAGCAGCACCUCUGGCGGCACGGCUUGCCGGACAAGGCGAUUGCAGUGGAGGGGCUCUUUAAGGCGAUGUGCGAGUGCUCAGCGCUCAACCCCGAUUCCGACAAUGAAGACGACGGCCAGGCCGAGCUCUUCUUCGACGAGGCCGAGGUUCUGGCGGGGCUGCCGGCCGAGGAGCGGGACGCGCUGAUCGCGGCGCGGGCGGAGGGCGCGCUGGGGCUGCGGGACGACGUCGACCAGUUGAUGGAGGAGGACCCAGAUCGCUUUGAGGACGACGAGGAGGAGGGGGAGGAGGGGGACGCCGCGGCAGCCGACGGCGCAGCAGUACCCGGCAGCAACGGCCACGCAGCUUGA